AUGGCAACACCAACAACAACAAUCAAAGGACCCGGCGAAGCCCGCACAUACGAUGGCUCCGCUCUCCGAAUCGGCAUAGUGCACGCGCGCUGGAACGACGAAAUCAUCUCGGCCCUCCUCUCCGGAAUCCGCAAAUCCCUCACCAAAGCAGGCGUUCUCCCCCAAAACAUCGUCCUGCAAUCCGUGCCGGGCUCCUACGAGCUUCCCUACGCCGUGCAGAAAAUGUGGACGGCGUCCUCUACGCAAACCUCCCUAUCAGCAGGAGGUCUCAUCGCUAGUGCUACGGAUUUGUUGGGUGGGAGUACUACCGACUUGACAUCUUUGCCGAAAGAACAGGCGCAGAAGAAAGAAGAGACGGCUGUCGCGAGUAAAGAGCCUUUUGAUGCGAUUAUUGCUGUGGGAGCUUUGAUUAAGGGUAGUACGAUGCAUUUUGAGUAUAUCUCGGAUGCGGUUAGUCAUGGAUUGAUGAAGGUGCAAUUGGAGACGGGAUGUCCGGUGAUUUUUGGACUCUUGACGUUGUUGACCGAGGAGCAGGGAUUGGAGAGGGCGGGGAUUGAUAAGGCGGGUAAAGGACAUAAUCAUGGAGAGGAUUGGGGGAGUGCGGCUGUGGAGUUGGGUGUUAAGAGGAGAGGAUGGACAGAGGGGAAGUUUAUCGAGUGA